UGCCGUAAAGUGUGUUAGCGGCGGGGACGUUUUCCCCCCGUAACACCCCCGGCGAUGUUGUGCGACAGGCGGUAAAGCGAGUCUGGUUAGUGGCAUCAGCUGGCGGCGCGGCUCCCGGGACGAUUAGUAUCGACAUGUCGCUGUUCGGGGCGGACGAGGAUGAUGUCGAUUUCCUGUCACCGAGCGGCGGGUCCAAACUGGCCUCUCUGUUUGGCAUGGAUCAGGUUUCAGCAGGUCAAGGGAAUGAGUCCUUCCAGUAUACUGCCCCCAAGCAGCCGAAGAGAGGGACACCACCUCCUGGAGCAGGUUCACAGAAGCCACCAGCUACUGCUGCACCUCCAGCAGUCUUGUUUGCAACUGCAGUGCAUGCUUACAAAUAUGUGAAUGGUCAGUAUGUGAAGCAGGGGAAACUAGGGGCGGCGAUUCUUGGAAACCAUGCUGCUGCAGAGUACAAGAUUCUCCUGUACGCCAGCCAACAGAAACGGAUUGCUGCUGCCCGCAUUUAUCCAGCAUUCACUUUUACUGUUCAAGCCAAUAACUAUUGCGUGUUUUACGAUGACCAGCGGCAGAAUUGGUCAGCCAUGUUUGAUUCUGAGAAGGCUGUGGUGGAAUUCAGCAAACAGGUAUGUUUGGCAAAAUGCAACAGCACCUCAACAUUGGAAUCUGUGCUGAUCCAAGAUCUGGCCCCAGGAGAAGGACAGGCAGUUGAAACUGGGGACUCUCUGGAAGUGUCCUACACAGGUUGGCUUUACCAGAACCACACAUUUGGACAGGUUUUUGAUACGAAUGUGAAUAGAGACAAGUUGUUGCGGCUGAAAAUAGGAUCUGGGAAAGUGAUAAAGGGCUGGGAAAUUGGGAUGCUGGGAAUGAAGAAGAAUGGAAGGAGACUAUUGAUCGUGCCUCCAAGUUUGGCAUAUGGAUCACAGGGAAUACCAAACCGAGUUCCAACCAAUGCCACGCUAAUCUUUGAAGUGGAGGUUAAAAGGGUUAAAUUUGCAAAGGAAUCUGGGUUUGACAAGCAGAGUACCAGCUCUCAUGAAUCUACUGCAUCUUCACCAGCCCCCAGCAUAGAAAGCCUGGCCACAGAAACUGCGAUCCCAGCACCAGUGUCUGUGCCUCCAAAGCCUGGGGAGCAUGUGGUGCGGGCCAAGUCUAAUUCACUAAGUGACGCGUUGGCUAAUCCAGACACCAUGAAAGCCAAGUUGAUUUCACGAAUGGCAAAGAUGGGUCAGCCAAUGCCAUUUCUUACAGGAGCUCUCUCUGCGCAGCCUGACUCCAGUGACUCUGAGCUUGAGGAUCAUUCAUUGAAGGCUGCCCCACUUGCUGCUCCAUCUCCUGCCCCAUCAUCGAUUCCGCACACUGCACAUCCUGUUCACAAUCUGCCUCCACAGCAGCCAGCACCAGGGUCUGUUUCCAUGCACACAUCCUCUUCUGCAGCACUAUUACCAGUCACACUUUCUGCACAACAAGGACUGGCUGGCAGUGGACAGACUUUCCAGCCAUAUACAGGGAUAUCCUAUGGUUACCCACCAGGUCCUGCUGCGCAGACCCAGAUUCAGACAGUUGCACCGAUGUUCCCAGCCCAAGCACCUCAGUACCAAGCUGCAGGAGAUGUCACUUCCUUUAUGAUGACAGAGGCACGUCAGCACAACACGGAGAUUCGACUAGCUAUCAGUAAGGCAUCUGAUAAAAUUGACCAGCUUUCUCUUAAGGUAGAUGACUUACAGAAACAUUUGAAUGGACCCUCAUUUCCUGGCAUUUCAUCAGUAACCAUGGAAACCAGCAUGAUCAUGCACAACAUCCAGAGAAUUAUCCAGGAGAAUGAGAGGCUGAAGCAGGAAGUGUUUGACAAAAGCAGUCGAAUCGAAGAACAGAAUGGGAAGAUCAGUGACCUGAUCCAGAGAAACCAAAGAUAUGUGGAACAGAGUAAUUUGCUGAUGGAACAGAGGAAUGACUCUCUAAUAUCCUCAACAGAGAAUAACCAGGCUCGCAUCCUGCUUGCAGAGCAGGAGAAGCUUGCACUGCCAGUGGAGUUGGCAAGAGCUCAGGUUAAAGUGACUGAAGAACUAGCAGUUGCUACCAGCCAGGUUGCCAAGUUGCAGCUAGAGCUCACAUCCCACCAGAAGAAGGAGAUGGAGUUACGGAGCCAGCUCGCGUCAGCAUUGCAGGAGGCAGAGGGACAAAGGCUAAGGCUCAAUAAUGUGGAGGUCCAAUUAACAGAGCUACAGGAAGUGUCGGAGCAUGCUCGGACUCAGUGCAAGGCAGAGAAACAAAGCCGCAAGGUGCUUGAGGUGAAGGUUGCCGGUCUGGAGGAGGAGCUUAUGGAUCUGCGAGCUGAGAGAGAAAAUCUGGAGAAGAAUUUAGCAGAAAGGAAGAGGAAGGCAGUAACAGAGCGGCAGCGGGCAGAGGAGGAGAUGGAUGAAAUCCGGAAAUCACAUGAGGAAGAAUUGGAAAAAGUGCGGUCGUUGCUGAAGAAAACCCGAACAUCGACUGACCAGGCUGCAGCAGAGCAGCAACAUCGGAAACUCAAGUGUACCACUGAGCCACACGAGAGAUCAAAUCAACCAAACUGGUAUCAAGAGCUGGCUGUGAUGCAGGCAGAAUUGGACUCUCAGUGGCAGGCCAAAUGUGAUCGGAUGCUGGCAUUGGCUAAAGAACAGCACAAUCAGCAGUACCAAGAAGUCUGUGAACUACGGGAUUCCCAGCAGCUUCAGAUCUCCCAAUUGGAGGCAAAGUUGGCAUCACUGAAGCAGUCCCGUCAAGUUGACGAAGACAGGCUCAUGUCCUUCCAGGAACAAGCAGAGGAGCUGCAGGCACUAAAGGAACGGUAUUCGUCCCUGCAGAGCAGAGCUGCUGCAAUGAAGGAACAUUACGACAGCCAAAUCCGUGAACUCCAACAACAGGCCCCUGCGACUAAUGAAGCAUUGCAGUCCGGUGAUACAGCGGAGGAGGUGAAGAAAAUCAUGAAUGGGGUGUUUCAGUCAUUGCGAGGAGAAUUUGACCUGGAUGAAAUGUACAGUGGCAGAGCAGUCCUUGGCGUCAUUGUGAACACUAUCAAGGCAGUGACCCUGAAGCUUUUGAGGAGUGGCCAAGACCAGCUAAUCACCGAGAGUGACAAUGAGGAUGACGAAUCUGAGGAGGAGCUGGAAGGACGAGCAGCUCCACCGAUUGAGAUUAAAGCGCGUACUGAUACCUCAGAACGUCAGAACAUUUCAGCAUUGGAUGAAAAGCAACGUACAGUAGCUGAAGCUGACCGGAUAAGUCAUGUGACUUUAUCAUCUGGUCACUCUGCAGUGGCUACAGUGAAAUCCGAGCGCAGUGAGGCUGAUGGCUCGAAAGCAAUGCAGUUGGAGCAGCCGGAGGCAGCUCUGACCUCUAGCCUGAACGUUCGUACACUUGCACAAAGCUUACCCACAGCAGAUAAUCAGGAGGCUACAGCAGAGACCUCCAGAAAAGGAGCCAUUGAAUCACCGACUGAGAUGAAACUGAAACGCUCUUUGUCUGACUGUCAAAGUGAAAAACCUCAUCAACAAACAGAGGGCCCUGAGCACAACAGAAUGCCAGAGAAGAGCCUUAACCCAUUGGAUGGGGUUCAGCAGUGUGAGCUGGGCAAUAGCUCAGUUUUAAACAGUGAAUCAGCAACUGAAAGGCAGGAGGAGCAAUCUCAAGCACCCAAUACUGAAAGCAUUUCUAGAAUUCAAGGGGAGCCUCUGCUUUCAGAACCUUUGCAGGAAACAGCCCCAGCUCUCAAUGGGAAUGAAGACAGCCCAGAUAUCCCAGAGGGUCCAGUGUUUGAAUCAAGCGAGUCUCCCUCAGAGCUGGACGCAUUGCAUGUGGCAGAAUGUGGUUCCAGUGACACAACUUCAAUGCCAGGACUCAAACCUAAAUCUGCCCCUUCAACAAAUGCUUCCAGUCUUUUCAGUGAUGAUGAUGACGACGAGGAGGGCUUGUUCAAAGCAAUGACUCCGAAAUUAGGAAAGGUAACGAAGAAGGAGGAGGAAGAGGAGGAAGAUGAAGUGAGUAUGAAGGGCCGCCCACCACCAGCACCCCUGUUUGGAGAUGAGGAUGAGGAAGAUGAUUUUGAUUGGCUAGGAUGAAGUCACCUCUAAGGUUGGGUGUAAUUACUGUGGAGAUGGAGCUGAUUCCCAAAGGAAGCAGAAAGUAUCCUGCCUGAAAGACCUGUCUGAAAACACAGUGCUUAUUCCCUGUGGAACUUCUUAUUCCGAAAUUCUCUCUGAUUGUAACUUACUGGGCACAGCCUUCUGGUGUGAGGUUGUCUGGAGUCCGAACAGAAGGAAAUUGCGGAUGAAAUUGCACUGACUCUGAACCACACUGUGGGAUUGUUCCUGAACAUGAUAUAGCUCUGUUACAAUCAGAUUUCCUUUUUAACUCCUGCUGAAUUUCGUUAAAUUUUUACGGCUGUCGGACAGCUGAACCCAGCACAAAGCAAGUAGUGACUGCUUAAUAAUUCUAUUAUGACUGCCAACGUUUGGAUAUAAAUCUCUUCAUUACAUUCUGUCAUCGGUGAAUGAUGCUCAUAGAAGGAAUAAGACAUUCUCCUUAUUCUGUGUGUUGGGUACAGCAUUGGUUUGGUCCAAAAUAAAGUAUCUCUGUGCCUUAACCUCUAA